AUGGCCGACUCUUCUCUUCCCGCUACGCUGAACAGCGCCUUCACAGCACCCCUCAAAGACCAAUACGACCCGGUUCGCUUGGUAUCAAACAACAUCCUUCCUGUUCUCGGGUUGCCCCUGGCAAAGAAGGUUCUGGGCCACGAUGCUUCCAACAGCGAAUCACUAGCCAAAGUUUCUCAAUCUGAGAUCUCCUAUACAACCUUUGUCGCCGACCAAGCCCGCGCCGCCCUUCAGAACCCCCACGAUGACUCUACUAUCGAGCAAACACAGUCGCAGCUCCUGCACAUUGGUUUGGCAGCUCUUUUCAGCUUCCUACAGUCAAACGUUACCGGUCCACCUUUGGAAUUCAAUUCAGCUGAAAUAACCCUACCCGCUACCCUGAGAGGCGAUGUGCCAACCCUCCGAGCUGUUCGCGCCAAGAUCAUCCGGGAUCUUUCUGUCGAUGGAGAAGCGGCUUAUAAGCUGACCCCCAAUGCGGAGUUGUUCUCGGUUGCCAAGGCACUGCUUGUGGAUGCACAGAACGAGGGCUCAGUGGUUGCGAAGACUGCACGGAUGCGCGUAAACUUCCUCCACCAGAAGAUGCUUUCGGAGGUGACCAGCACCUUACAAGAUGUGAUAUACAAAGACCUCGAAGAAUUGGCCAAGGCGGAUCUCAACUCAAACGAACAGGGCGGAUUCCUGCUAGAGCGUGCUAUUAUCAACACACAUCACGGCUUUGAUGCCAAAGCCCGUGCUGAUCUUGACCAGGCAGCCCAGGUGCGGAACUUCGAGUUCGCCCUGACAGGACAGUUGGGAAAGCGGACAAAAUGGCAAGACCGGGAUAUCACUCAGCUUGUGGUUCUUGCAAAAAGCGCAGAUGAGAAAUCCAAGACUACACAGACACCCGCUUCUGGUCCUAAAAACCUUGAUUUGAAUGAUGAUACCCUCCUCGAAGCCAUCGCCUUUGCCGAUAAGAAAUCCUCAACCGUGUCUGAAGAGCUCUCUCCAGUUCUGCAGUCUAUUGAUGCUAAUGAUCAACCCAUUCUUAACCCUGUCGACUCGGCUAUCUUGCUCGCUUUGGCGUCUGCCAUCACCAAUACCGCUCCGGAGAACGGUCUUACCCGUGAGGAGACGCAACCAUACGCCACUCGUGUUUUGGAAGGUGGCAGUUCCAACUGGCAGAUUUAUACCCAAGCAUUGCUGGUUCGCAGUCGUGUUGAGGGCUUCCGUUCACGUACAGUUGAGCGGUCUGUGUUACAGAUGCAAGCUCUUGUUGAUCAGGUCAUUGCCGACACGGCAACCGAUGACUCGGCAGCCCAACAGCCCUCAUCGGAACCCACAACCUUCUUGCCCCGGCCAGAGAAAGACGAGUCAGCCUCUGCCUCUGACCGUUUGGAAUACAUUUGGAUCAUGAACUUUUCCACCCGUUGGGACCUUGAGGCCGAGCUGGCUAAACGCUGGGUCGACUUGGGUGGUCUCCGGACCGCGUUGGAAAUCUACGAGAGACUUCACAUGUGGGCCGAGGCAGCGCUCUGUUACGCCGCCACCGAUCGCGAGGCCAAGGCCAGGAGCAUGGUGCGACGCGAACUCUACGAACCUAAGGGCGAUGAUGAGGAUGACGAAAAUGAGCUGUUUGAAGGCCCAGAGCGCGCAAUUUUGCCUGCAGAUGCACCGCGUCUGUUCUGUAUUCUGGGAGACAUUGAUAAAGACGAAACGAUGUACGAGCGUGCUUGGGAGGUCUCGGGCCAGCGAUACGCUCGCGCUCAACGAUCUCUGGCACGUCAUUACUUGAGUCUUACACCGCCCGAGUUGGAGAAGGCUGAGGCUGCUUACCGGAAGAGUUUGCACAUCAAUCGUCUCAACGGCAGUGCGUGGUUUGCACUUGGGUGCGUCCAGCUUGAGCUUGAACGCUGGGGCGACGCCACCGAAUCAUUCACCCGUACCGUGCAGCUAGAUGAUACCGACGGAGAGGCAUGGAGUAACCUGGGAGCGUCCAUUUUGCGGUCAUCAGCUCCUGAGGAAGGACCUGAUGUCGCGACCAAUGACAGUGCCGAAGAAAAGGCCGCAAUCGAAAACGACCCCUAUAAACGCAAACGGGAAGCCUUGUCUGCUCUGCAACGUGCCGCUUCCCUGAAGCACACCGAUGCCCGGGUUUGGGAUAACGUGCUGACAGUGGCUGCAUCUAUCCCGGCCCCCGCCACACCAUUCCGCGAGGUCGUCACAGCCCAAAGGCGAAUCAUUGAGCUGCUCGGCACGAAGAAGGGCGAGAAAUGCAUUGAUAUUCCAAUUCUUGCCAUGCUCGUCGAUUUCCUCACAACAGCCUUUGAAUACAAGGACUUCCUAAUCGAAUCGGACUCCGGUCCUGUUUUCCGUUCCGGCACCAUCCCGGGCCAGAUCCUUUCCCUCAUCGAUGAUCACGUCGUUCCACUUAUUACCCACUCUUCUACAUUAUGGUUGAUCGUUGCCCGAGUUGAAAUGUUCCGCAGCCGCCCUAGCCGUGCCUUGGAAGCUCACGAGAAAGCAUGGCGUGCUACCGUUGCCGCUUCUGCCCAAGGUGCCUUCCAGAUGGGUGACGAAAAGCCUUGGCUCCAGAUUGUUCGUGCUACUGAGAAACUUGUCCAUGAGGGUUAUGCCAAGUACGGUCCCAUGGAACGUGAAGACCAGAAGGUGGAAGGUGAUGCCGAGCCAGAGAUGGUUGCCAGCGACUGGCGUUUCAAGGCCAGAAGUGCUGUACGUGGUAUCUUGGGCAAGGGCAAGGACUUCUGGGAGGAUUCGGAGGGCUGGACUCGUUUGAAGGAGCUGCAAAAUGAGGUCACUGGCAAUUAA